AGCCAGCGGAAACGCCUCCGUUUUACAAAACAAAGGGAAGAGGCGGGAGGCGUGCGCGGUCGGCUGGGCGCCGACCUCGGGUGGGUUCCUGCGGCCCCGGCGCUCCCGCGCCUUUGGGCAGCGAUGGAGCGGAGCCCGGGGAGCGGCGGGCGCUGGGAGUGCGGCAGCCCCCCGGCGCCUCCAGAGCUCACCCCGGACGUGGAGGAGCUGCAGAGCCGCGUGCAGGAGACCCUGGAGCUGCUGUCCCCGCAGGACCUGCGCAACUUCCGCCUGCUCCUCAAGACCGUGGACGAGGAGCCGCGGGUGAGCCCCGUGAAGCUGGAGCUGGAGGGCCACAAGAAGGCGGGGCUGGCGCGUCUGGUGGCCCAGAACUACUGCGAGCCCGCCGCGUCGCGCGUCCUCGUCAAGGUGCUGCGGCAGCUCCGCCGCGCCGACCUGCUCAGGCUCUGGCAGGGCGCCGCGGACCGCGGGGGGAUUCCAAGAAAGAUUCUAAAGAGAAGCCAUGACUGUGUGGAUGGAGAACUGGACCGUUAUGACCUGAGUGGCAGUCGGAAGGCUUUUCUCAUGUGUGUGGAGAAGAGCAGACCAGGGGCUCACCGGGACAUCGAGCUAAUGAAGGAAUGGCUUGGCCAGUGCCAGUUUGAGCAUACGGCGUGCAUCGAUCCGAACAAGAUGGAGUUACUCAGGAAAAUAACAUUAUUUCGUGAUGGACUCAAUGAAAUUAAAGGUGAUGUUGGCUGUUGCCUCAUUACCCUUAUGUCCCAUGGGGAGAAUGGCUUUAUUAAAAUGGAAGACGGUGAAAAAGUCAGCCUGCAGGACAUUUUUGAAAUGUUUAAUAAUAAAAACUGUCCAGCACUUCAGGAGAAACCGAAGAUCUUUAUCAUCCAGGCCUGUAGAGGAGAGAGAAGAGACAGCGGUGUUGAGACCGAUGAUGAACCCAUGGAGUCUGAUGAUGUAUCUGAGAAGAGGAGGCUGCCCACAUUCAGUGAUUAUUUCAUCAUCUAUCCCACCCAGGCAGAUCACGUUGCUCUACGGCACCCUCGCACUGGCUCCGUGAUGAUUGAAGCAAUGUCCGAAGUCUUUAAACAGUACGGAAAUAAGUGGCACAUCGCUGACUUUUUCACCAGAGUGAAUAACAGAGUGGUGCACACUGAGUUUCAUCUGCACGAGGAACCAAUUAAAGUAUCACUUGUCAUGGAAUCAACUUUAACUAAAUCCGUGUACUUUUGACAGCGGGAAGAUGAAAAACUGAGGACUGUUUUGUAGCCAACUUUGUAAAUAGCGGGGAGUAUUUGUAGCAUAGAACGAAUGGUUAUCAUUUUGCGUUAUCACUGUCACUGGCUGUAUUUCUCCAAUUUGUUUUGUCUACAUACGGUAUUUCUCCAAGACUGGACCGGGCUUAUUUGACACUUGUAAAUAAUUUGGCUUCUUUGAAAAGAGAACUGUUUUUUGAAAAUGAUUUUUCCUGAACUGUUAUCAAAACAUGGGAGUCCAGCUCUAUGCGUGGACCAUUUUUAUCGUGUGCUUCUCUUCUUGAUUACCCCCCAUCAUCUUCCACUUUGGUGCUGGUGUCCUCGUGUCCUUGGCUCAGUCUUCAUGUAGUCUUACCUGUGUUUCACCUGAUUUCCUCCGUAUUGUUGUCUAUGGCCAAACUCGUCUCUGUUUUGACUCUAUAAGCCAUUCCUGAGUCUUAUCUGGAUGUCUUCGUUUGCACUUUAUGCCCUUGAUGCCUCAUUGUUCACCUUCGCCUCGUUCCCCAGCUUCUCCUGUGCCAUUGUAGUACCUUGGAGAGGUACCUGCAGAGUUUGGCUGAAGCAUCCUUUGUGCAGGAAAGCUUUUGUAACCCUUCAUGCUAGGUCAGCCCUUUCUUCAUGCCCACAGACCCCGUGACUUAGCAAUUAGCACCACUGAACUUAUUAAAUGACCAAAUAUUAGCUGUUGAUCUCUUUCUCCAGUUCAGUCAUAAGCUCCAAGAGGCAGAGGCCACUCGUCUCAUUCAUUGUUGUGUCUCAGCUACCCCCGCCCAUGCCUUAAGACAUAGAGAAGCACUGUGAUGCAUGUUUAUUGAAUAACUGGUCUCUGUCUUUCCAUUAUUUUGUUCAUUCCUCAGACCUUGCUUCAUUACCUCUGUGCAUCUAGCCACCUUCUAGUCAUCCCCACCAGGUUGGAUGUCCUGUGGCCGCUUUAACUGAACGAGUUGGAAGUCAACCUGUUACCUUAAAUCUCUCCAUAAAACUCAUCCCAUUAUUGAUAAUCUUUGACUCUCCACUGCCUGCAGAAUAUAUGCCAUUUCCCCUAAGAGAAUAUUCCAAGUCCUUCUCUGUCGGGCCUUAAACUAUACUACUUGUUUUGGGGGUUUAUUUUUAUUGUUGUUUUAAAGAUUUUAUUCACUUAUUCAUGAGAGACAGAGAGAGAGAGAGGCAGAGACAUAGGCAGAAGGAGAAGCAGGCUCCCUGUGGGGAGCCCAAUGUGAGACUCAAUCCCAGGACCUCUGGAUCACAACCUGAGCUGAAAGGAGAUGCUCAGCCGCUGAGCCCCCCAGGUGUCGCAACCUAUACUACUAGUAUACUACCCACUUGUCCUGGGUCUUGACCACACCAGAUGAUUUGCCCUCCCCUCAAAAGUGCCCUCUCCCAGAAUCAGGCUUAUAGAUUACUGAAUGUUGAAUGAAUGCUUUUGGCUAUUUUAUCAGUUCAUUCUCUCCUUUCCCUCUGAAAUGCCCUUUGUUUUCAUUAUGUUCUUCCUCUAUACCAUACAUUCCUUAGGGUGCAAGUUGGGUCCCAUCCCACUAGAAGGAAAACCUGCAUAUAGGCCAGGUUUAGAGUAAGAAACUCCAGUCUGAGCAUGAGUUUUCAUUGCAAUCGUGUUCUAACUUUCUGUGUAACUUUGGACCAUAUUACACCCGGUUUCCACAUCAUAAAAGGAGAUUUGGCUCGGCUGAGAACUCAUUCCACUGGACUUCAAUGAACUUUGGCUUCUUAAUAAACUGUGAAUAUCCUAUAGGUGUGGCUAUUCCUGAACCUAGAGGUUCAAGCUGGCAGUUGCCUGACAUGGUUGGGCCUGUAUGAGGAUACAAGUGUUUGGUGAAAAUGCUCUGAAGAUUGAGGGUCACAGUGACUGAAGCAACCCAGAAUCUCAGGCCAGUCUCCAUUUCAGGGACAAUUGUGUCUUUUUUAGUUAAUGUGACUUCUCAAGUAUAUAUGUAUGUGAUUUAAUUUUUAAACCUGUUGAGUUUUGUAUUUGAUGUGUAACUUCACUUUUUUUUUAUAUAAAGCAUUAAAAUGUCACCUUGGUUCAUAAAAUA